AUGGAAAUUCUUCACCUGAUCGUAAUCGUUUGCAUAGCACUGUCCUGCGGGAUCGGUACUGGAGUUCUGAUCGGGUGGUUUUCGGGUCCCGAAAGAGUUCCGGAUGUCUACGAGUAUUCCCGACGUGAAGCCGAUUCCGGAGUAUCAACCCAACUGAUUAAUGAAAUGAAAGCUGAUAAUGUCCGAGAUUUUUUGUGGGAACUCACCCAGAACCCACAUGUUGCUGGCACACAGCAGAACAAGGAUCUGGCAGAUCAGAUUCAUGGAAACUGGACCGAAUAUGGUUUCCAAUCAUCCAUGCAUUCCUACAAAGUACUACUGUCCUUCCCAUCUAAAGAAGCAGGAGAAGAUAAUAAGGUGGAAAUACUGAACGGCGAUGGCUCAGUAAAUUUUACGUCUCAGCUAAAAGAAAAACCUCUGGAUAAUCACUCGAAGGAAAAGGAAGACCUUGUCCUACCACCUUUCAAUGCCUACUCCGCUCAGGGGGUUAUAACAAACGACUUGGUGUACGUUAACUACGCGAGGGUGGAAGACUUUCAGUUUCUCGAAGAAAAAGGAAUAAACCUCACUGGCAAAAUAGCAAUCGCACGAUAUGGAGUCAUCUUUCGAGGGGAUAAGGCUAAAUUUGCUGUUCAAGCCGGUGUUGCGGGGCUGAUUCUGUAUUCCGAUCCAAAGGAUUAUGCAAUACCAGGGGGCCAAACUUACCCUGAUGGGUACUUUCUACCAGGCACUGGGGUGCAGAGAGGUACCUGCAUGUUUGCUAAUGGGGAUCCUGAAACACCGGGUUAUCCCUCGGUUGAACAAUAUUCACUUUGA